AUGGAGAACUACACAACAACGUUCGGUGCAGUAUCGUCAGUAUCGGAUGCAGCAACGUUACCACCAGAAUGUAACGAAGUGGACGACUAUUUUUUAGUGCCACGAUUCUGGUUGGCCGUAGUGUUCGGCGUUACAAUUUCCGUCAUAAGUAUUUUCUUCAACAUCUUCAUCUUUGUCGUAUUCGCAACCAGUAAACAGCACAGGAACUCCUGUAACUUGUAUCUGUUGCUGUUAUCGUUGUUUGACGUUUUUAUGGGAAUAUCCUACAUAGCUGUGCUCUCAAAUAAGGUGCUCAUCAACUGGACGGCCAGCUAUACGCUUAAAGCUAUUUGGGUAGCGUAUAUGGUCCCGAUGUUGACCAUCUCUCAUAUUGCAAUCACAGCUUCCACCUACCUAAUCACUUUUGCGGCUAUAGAAAGGUACUGUAUCACUGUGAACAGCAAUAAGGUGAAAUUUCUACAGAAUCAUCGUAAAAUUAUUGCAUUUAUUGCGGUAAUGUGUGGAGUUAUUAGUAAAGGAACAAUUCUAAAUGAAGUUACUAUCACCACUGAUCCGGAUUGUAUCGGUGGCCUCAAGGAAUGGAAUGUGAUACCAUCCGAACUUGUCAGAAAACAUGAGCUAUUCAACAAAAUUUGGCGUUUUUAUUUUAGGAACAUAUUCACAAUUCUUGCACCGUUCUUCAUUCUACUAUACCUCAACGCUGGUCUCAUCUAUAGGCUGCAAGAACAUUCGAAUUCGCUAAAAACUACUUCGCAGAAUCAGGACAAGCAAAGCGUGAAGCAGAAAAAGGCUCGUAUCCGUGCUGCUACACGUACGCUUGUAAUCGUUGUUUGUACGUAUCUAAUGAGUAACUUACUUUCGGUGGUGAUCACGAUUUGGGAGUAUCUGGACGCUCAAACACUCAUUCAAAAGUAUCUCUCAUUCUAUGUGAUGUCAGUUGAUUCGAUCUCAUUGCUGACAAUUGUCGCCUCAUUUCUUCGCCUUCCCAUCUAUGUCACAUGUCAGCCGCUGCUCAGAAAGGAGAUGAUACAAUUUAUUUCUCAACUCUGGACACGUAAACGAAUGUCCAGAAGGAUGACGUUAAUCGAAAAUUCACAACUAACCGCCGAAUCAAUCCUAAACGUUGAGAACGAAUCGCCAAGCUUUGGGAAGAUUGAAUUUGUCUAA